GGAUUAAGCAGAAGUUCUUUGGGAUAGAGUGUUAGAAUAAUAUUCUGUGUAUUGAAUAUCUUUCGAGUUUAAAUUGUAAGAAAAAAAUGGAAGUGAUAUUUACAGUGAAUGAAAUUGAGUGUAAACUUAAGCCAGGAGAUUUGGCUUUCGAUACGUCCUUAAAUACAUACUUGAGAUCAUGGCUCUGUCUUACGGGUACGAAAUUUAUGUGCCAAGAGGGUGGCUGUGGAUGCUGCAUCGUGACAAUUCGCGGUGUGCAACCCGUGACGGGUGAGCCAUUCACUCUUGCCGUGAAUUCAUGCCUUUUCCUCGUCUACUCGUGCCAUGGCCUCGAUAUCACGACCAUUGAAGGACUCGGCGACAGGAAGAAGGGCUACCACCCAAUACAGGAACGAUUGGCUGAACACGAUGGCACCCAAUGUGGUUUCUGUUCUCCAGGAAUGGUUAUGAACAUGUACAGCUUGUAUGAAGGAAAAUUCGGGAACGUGACUGCGGAAGAAAUUGAGGAUUCUUUUGGCGGGAAUAUUUGUCGCUGCACUGGCUAUCGUCCCAUCUUGGAUGCAUUCAAGUCAUUUGCUACAAAUCCACCACAAAAUUUGGCCAAUCUCUGUGGGGACAUUGAAGAUCUCUCACUGAAAAAAUGCCCAAAGAGUGGAAAAGUCUGUGCAGGAAAAUGCGGAGGGAGCGUUCAUGUAAAAGCAGCAGAGAAUGCCGAGUGGCACAAGGUAACAGCCUUGUCGGAAGUUCUGCAAAUUCUCAGCAACAUUGGAACGAGAAAGUAUCGACUGGUGGCCGGGAAUACAGCAACAGGAGUCUAUCGAAUGGACUACGAUAUUGAAGUUUUCAUUGAUGUUUCUUCAGUAAUUGAACUUCAUAGAUAUACAAUUGGAACCACAAUUGAUCUAGGAGGGAAUAUCACGAUAACCGAAUGGAUGAGAAUUUUACUUGAAGCAGCAGAUCGUUCGGCAUGGUUUACCUACUGCAGACAAAUAAGGGAUCACCUGGAUCACAUUGCAACAGUUCCUGUGAGGAAUGUUGGAACAAUUGCUGGUAAUUUGAUGAUUAAGCACGAUCAUCGCGAAUUCUACUCCGAUGUAUUCCUUUUGCUGGAAACUGUUGGAGCAAGCCUCACCAUAACGGAUGCAUUGGGAAAUGAGCAAACUAUGUCACCACAAGACUUCCUCAGUGUUGAUAUGGAUAAGAAAGUAAUCACGCGGAUCUCAAUGCCUCAAUUAGUUCCAAAUCGCCAUCAAUUCCGCUCAUACAAAAUAACAGAUCGAGCUCAAAAUGCAACCUUUCUCAUGAAUGCUGGAUUUCUUCUGCAAAUGGAUACAGGAUCAAGUGUAGUGGUAUCAUCGAGGAUUGUCUACGGGGGUGUUAACCCAAAUUUCGUUCAUGCUACUGCAGUUGAAAACUACUUGAAUGGAAAAGACUUAUUUGAUAAUGCAACGAUCCAAGGCGUUGUAAACACAAUUGACCCCAAUUUUCCAUUUGAUGAUUCCUUACCGAAUCCAUCUGCUGAAUUUCGUCAAAGACUAGCUAUUGGCUUGUUUUACAAGGCCGUACUUAGCUUAGCUCCAAGUUCGAGGGUUCGUCCAUCAUAUCAAAGUGGUUCUACUCUAAUUCAACGUCCUAUUUCAUCUGGUGUGCAGAACUAUGAUACUAUACCAGCAACAUAUCCUCUAACGCAGCCUAUAAUGAAAGUAGAAGCCCUAAUUCAGUGCAGUGGGGAAGCAGAGUUUGUCAACGAUAUGUACCUUCACAAUGCAUUAUGGGCCACAUUUGUCCUAGCUACUGAACCCUUGAAGACUAUUGCAAGCAUUGAUGCAACUGAUGCCCUGGCUGUUAAAGGAGUUAAAGCUUUCUAUGGUGCAUCGGAUAUUCCUGGCGUGAAUUCAUUUAUUACUUCAAAGGGUCCACCGCUACCUGCGUAUCCAGAACCAGAAGAAGUAUUUUGCAGUGAAAAGGUUCUAUUUAAUGGUCAGCCUGUUGGUGUAAUCGUCGCAGAGGAAAUGUCCCAAGCUGUUUAUGCUGCAGACUUGGUGAAGAUUCAAUACGCAAGCAAGGUGAAAGAAGAGGAAUCUUUUGCUGGAAGUCUCUAUCGCUACUUCAAAGGAGAUUCCUCAAGUCCGGAAGAAAAGAUUCUUCCAACACUUGAAGAUGUUCUGAGAGAAGAUCCCAAACUUACAGAACAUCGCUUCCAAAUCCCAAUUGUUGUGCAUGCUGCCUCACAGACAGGUGUUGGUCAAUUAAGCAACAAUAUAAGAGGUCAUUUGCUAUGUGGUCCACAGUAUCACUACCACAUGGAGACACAGCAAACAAUAGCUGUUCCAGUUGAAGAUGGAAUGGAUAUCUUCCCAAGUAGUCAAUGGAUGGAUAUGACCAACAUGGGAGUAGCUCAUGUUCUGGGAAUAAAUAAUAAUCGCGUAAACAUUCGUGUACGUCGCAUUGGAGGAGCUUUCGGUGCAAAGAUAAGUCGGUCAACACAGAUUUCGGCUGCAGCUGCUGUUGCGUGUCAUCAUCAAAAGCGCCCAAUUCGAAUGGUUCUGCCGAUGAUAACAAAUAUGAAGGCAAUUGGGAAGAGAACUCCAGCAUUUAUUGAAUACGACGUUGAUUUUACUGAUCAAGGAAUAAUCCUGAGACUAAACAGUGAUGUAACACACGAUCUGGGAUGUUCCAUUAAUGAAGCUAUGGAAUUCUAUUCCUCAUUAUUUACAUCAAACGCCUAUGUAACACUAACAUGGACUGUUGUCUUCCAUCAUGUCCUUACAGAUGCUCCAUCCAAUACGUGGAUGCGAGCUCCUGGUGGUUUGGAAGUAAUUGCUCAUGCUGAAACAGUAAUGGAACAUAUGUCGUGGACACUGAAGAAGGAUCCUGUUGAAGUACGAUUGAACAACAUUGCAAUUGUUAAUCCAAUAAGGAAAAUCUUUAGUGAUUUUCUUGUAUCAUGUGAGUACUACAAGAGGCUCGACGAGGUGAACCUCUUUAAUAGGGACAAUAGAUGGAGGAAGCGUGGUAUAGCAAUAUCCUUGAUGCAGUACCCACAAUUCUUUUCAAGUGCCUACGAAACAUUAGUAUCCAUCUAUCAUGGAGAUGGUAGUGUGGUCAUUAGUCUCGGUGGCGUUGAAAUGGGCCAGGGUGUUAACACAAAAUGCAUCCAAAUUGCUGCGGCUGUCCUUCAGAUUCCCAUGGAUCUGAUUAAAAUUAAGCCAGCUAACAAUGUUGUGAGUGCGAAUACGAUGGUUUCUGCGGGAAAUAUGACUUGUGAUGCUCUCGGGGAGACAGUUAAGGUAUGCUGCGAGAAGCUAAGUCUUCGUUUGGCACCAUUUCGAGUUAUUGGAUCGUGGGAGGAUGCCGUUCAGACUGCUUACUUGGCAAAUAUUGAACUUAUUGCAACACAUCAGUUUAGUCCUGAACAAAUACUACCCUACAUUGUCUACGGAGCUGCUUGUGCAGAAAUUGAAAUUGAUGUCCUAACUGGUGAUUUUCAACUACGAAGAGUGGAUCUUGUGGAGGAUGUUGGAACGAGUGUUAGUCCGAGAAUUGAUGUUGGUCAAAUUGAGGGAUCCUUCAUCAUGGGAAUGGGUUACUGGCUACAUGAGAAGCUCAUCUACAAUCGAACUAAUGGGGAGCUGCUAACCGAUAGAGCUUGGAACUAUAAACCACCAGGAGCAAAAGACAUCCCUGUUGACUUCAGGGUUACCCUCUUGCAAACAAUUUCGGCCUCAGCAGGUGUGGCUGGGUCAAAGGCAUGCAGUGAACCAGCUGUUUCAAUGGCAGUUGUUGUUGUCUCAGCUCUUAGGAAGGCUCUCGAAUCAGCACGAAAAGAUGCUGGAGCACCAGACAUUUUUCUCACAUUAAACUCAUCUACAACUAAGGAAGAUAUUCUUGUUCUUGCUAGCACGAGAAAUGUUGAAUUUCAGCUUUGAACAUCUCGCAAAUAAACAUCGUGGAAUCUUCCACACACGUGCUUUUUUUUUUAAGUUCAUCUACCGUUUAUUUUAUUUAUUUCUAAAACAACAUUUAUAUAAAUCUGAAAUAAAUAUCUUUGCUUUGAA